CUCUUCUCUUGCAGCAGACUCCGGCUGGCUAGUGGAUUGCAGACAGCAUGUGUAGGACUAAAAGCGCCUCUCCUCCUUAGCACCAGCAAUUUCUUUUCAUCUGGCUGCUCGAGUAGGUUUCCACUGGGCGUUUUCUUUUUUUUGGGGGUCCUUCUUCUCUGCCUCCACGGGCACAGAGGCCAUUCUUCUCACGGUCAGUCAGCAGUUGACCUUCUUUUGAAUUGUAAGUAACUGCUCUCCGGCAAAACACAAGACAACUGCAUCUCGGCAGAAGGAAGGGAAACAACUGCAGCGGCUGCACACCAUUCACCACACUCUCUGGAACGUCACGCAGCCCGUUUCCUCACAAUGGCGGACGGCAGACAGCCCGAGGAGAGCCUACCACAGUGGGCAGCACCGGGCUCCCAUGGCGACAGUGCGGCUCACCCCCAUGCACCAUCCGAAUUCAGGGAGCAGCUGCCCUCUGUGGCACACAAUGAGAAUGGCUACACUUCCUACCGGGGCUGCCCUACAGGAGGCGCUCAUGGACCCGACUCCUAUGCAGCGGCCAAAGAGAAUGGAUUCAAUGGAGAUAUUCCUUCAGAGGAUGUGGUAACAGCAGAGCAAGUGUCAGCAAGAAUAGUCCAGGAGGUGACGGCUGAGGCUGUAGCUGUGCUGAAGGGGGAGCAGGACAAGGACUUCCAGCACAAGGACACUGCAAAACGGCUACCCUCAGUUGAAGACUCCGCUAAUCUGCCUCCCUCUCCUCCCCCAUCUCCAGCUUCAGAGCAGAUUGGACCUUUGGAGGAAGUUAUAGGGGAUGAGGAGAAGGCAGGCCCUCUCCGACGCUUCAAAAAUUCACGGGAGAGGUGCAAGUUCCUAGCCCCUUCCAUCUCGGUGUCUGUGCCCGACGAUGAUCCAUACCACUCAGAUGACGAAUACUAUGAGCACCCAUUAUUCAGCUCCGAGUGGACUCACUCUUGCCCGCCCCCCCGUGGGGAAGCUUCCAUGUUUAGACAGAUUGAAGUAGAAGAGACUAUAGAGGUACCUUCAGCAGCAGACGAGCAAGAGGAGCCAGCAUCAGCAGCUCUUGUUCAGCAAGAGCAACGGAGGAGAGGGGAGGAGGCUGAGAAUGAGCCUAGCGCUGCUGUUGAGCACUUAAAGCAGGCAGAGCUAAUAAGGGAGGCACAGGCUCGGCCCGGCCCACGGGCAGAGGCAGCUAGUGACGAGUGUGUGCGAGCAGAGACGCCCAACGGGAGAAGCAGCGAGGCAGGGGAGGGUACAUCCCCUCAGGAAGACGUGAAGAUGGAUAUGCAGAGCCAACAUGGGGGAGGCACUGAGCAGACCUCUCCUGUGACCACAAAUCAAAAGGAUAUUGAAAAAAGUACGCCAGUGCAACCAAAACUGGAGGCUAAGCCCUCUGCAGGUCCUGAGAAGGAAAGCAGUGCGGAAGACUCUCAGAUUGCAGACGCCGCAGUUACUUCACUAAAAGAAGCCCCAUCAGUGAUCAGUUCUGCCACAGAUGAACCACAGGUGACUCCUCCCAGUGAAUACCCAGUAAGCAUUCAAGAGAAAGAUUAUGACGAGGGGGCAAAGAAAAUCAAAGAUACUGAGGGUGCACCUGCGCAAUCAUUUGUUGGUCUCAAGGACAAUUCCCAGACCAGAGAUAAGUCAUUCGCACCAAGUUCUAGUGAGUCUAACAAUCUCGAGCUACAAACAUCUGAAGUGUCGAGUGAGAAAAAGACACCUGAAAAGACUGAUGUAUUAGCCAUGGGGGAGUCGGACGUUUUGCAAGAAGGUCAACCAGGAGCACCUGAUCCAGCUCCAAAAGCUGAAGAUGCUCUACUUUCAUUCUCCAAACCAGCUGAUGAAGGUUUGUCUUUCAGCACUCAUGUGGACAAAAGCAAAGACAAACAAGAAGCCGAAUUGAGAUGCAAGGAAAUGUUGUCCGGAGAAGCAACCAUUCUAGACACAGCAGAAGUUUCCCAAGAAGAGGAGAGCAUACUAUGGACUUCUGAUCAAAAAAGGAAGUCAGCAGAACACAGCGAGGGAAUGGCUGAUCCCAAGUGUUUGACAUCCUCUACUGAGAAGGAAGAUAAAGAUUUAAUACAGCCUUCCCCGGCAUCAAGUAAAGAGGAUAUUAAAGAAGAUAGUCACGUUGAAAAGCUAAAGGAAUGUACAGAGGAAGCGAUGGAGGCUCCCUCGCCAAAGCUAGGGCCUGCCGAUAAAGAGUUAUCUGGAACUGACGUUCAUCAGUCACUCUAUGAGAAAAGUGAGCCAUUUUGCAGUUUAGACAUGCACCUAGAAACCUUUGAGAAAGACAAGUCAGGGAUGUCUGCAUAUUUUGAGACUUCUGCCAUGAAAGAAGAAGAAGAAGAUGACGAAGACGACUUAAAGGCAGAUACCAUUCAAGGAGAGGGGUAUUAUGAAUUAAGCCAUGCAAGACAGAGCUCAAGGCCACCUUGGGUUAACGAUGACCUUCCUGUCGAGUGUUCAGUGAUCCCAGAGCUGCAUCCAUCUAAGGACACCCUCUCAGAACAACAGCUCAGCUACAGCACAUUAAGCCACAGCCAGGAACUGGAACCAGAAGAGGAAAUGGCAGCGAUUCAAGAGGAGCUGACAGCUCUGCCAGUGAUCGACAAGAAGAAGGACGAUGGCCGUUUGACUGUUGGCAAGUUGUCUCUUGAGCAGCGUAGUUACUCACUCAACAUACCCAUAGCCUCACUAGAAUCUCUAAACCAAAGCGGAGGUCAUGGGCGACCAAAAACCUUUUCACCACUGGCCUCUGAUAUUCUGUCUUUCACUAGUGGGAGUUUAGAUGAACCGAGUGAGUACCUCCCAGUGACCACUCCGGCAGUCGAAAAGCAGCCGGUCUUCCCCCCUUUGAUUUUGGAAGACCAGUCAUCAAGCUUAACUGCAGCAGAAGCUGCUUCAGAGAUGCCCCCAAGUCCCCAGGCACCCGAGUCACCUGGGUCACCCUUGCAGAUGAAAGACUUUUAUAAAAACGGCACAGUAAUGGCGCCUGAUCUCCCAGAAAUGCUGGAUUUGGCAGGUACAAGGUCAAGGCUGACGUCUGAAAGCAUGGAUUCAGAGCUUGUGCGAAGAAAAUCGGUCCCAGCUGAUGUCCCAGCGCUUGUAGGAGAUACCUUGGCUCAGAUGGGCUUAAUAGACAUCAGUCAAAAGACAGCCAGAAGUGUGAGUCAGCUGGAAGAAAUUGGCUACUGUGUUUUCAAUGAGUAUACCGGCCCCAUGCCUUCACCUGCUGAUGUCCACAGUCCAAUGGAUUCACCCCCCCAGAUCUUUACUACCCCCGUUUUGGAAGAGGUUAGGCAAGACGCUGACAAAUGUCUCAAAGCGCAGGAUGAGACGGCCGUGAAGGAAGACCACAAACAAGUACCCAUUACUGAAGAAGACAGAGAAUUGUUACCUGGUCAGAUGGAAGAAAAACUGGAGACCAAAGUGGAAGAUGACUUGCAGGAAGCCCCUUGUGAUGUCAAGGGCAGGCAGCCUACAGCCGAAAGCGAAGGCAUGGGUGGCAGUGUUGAAAAAGAACAGGAAAAGGAACCUUUUGCGGUCAAGUCUGACUCUGAAGCCUCUCCCCAGGUGCAAACAUUCCCACAGGUGGAGGAGCAGGAAGUACCAAUUCCAGAAGUUGUAGAAAAAGACACUGCGCAGGAUGGCAUUUCACCAGCUGCUUCAGUACCUCCACUGACAAUGAAAACCGACUCAGAGGAGGAAGGAGCAAUGGGCAGGGAUGCAGAAAACAUCGAGGCACAGUUAGAUCCCGCCACUAAAGCAGAAACUGGCACAGAGGUCAUAUCGGAAGAACUAGAAGUAACUGGUGAUACAGCAGGAACCUCUGCUGAAGCCCAAGAAGUACAAGAAAUUAAGGAUAAAAUGAAAGAGAAGCCAGAUUUGGUGCAUCAAGAAGCGUAUGAAGAAGCAGAUGCUGAAGAUGCCUACCAACUUAUGGGCAUUCUCGGCUCAAAUAAGGACGAAGCUCAAGCCCCCUCAGUUAAAAAGUCAGUGUCAACUGAAAGAGAAGACAGUAAGGCAAAGGAGCCAAAACUAUCAACUGAAGAAAUACCUGCAGAGCAAGAGGCAGCUGAAAAAGAAUUGCCCAGAGUGUUGGAGCAGGAAGCAGAAGCUGCUCCAGUGGCCAUUAAUGCAGCCUUACAAAGUCAAGAAGCAGCAGAACAUCUUUUCAAGGAGAAAGACGAGCUGGUGGAUGAAAAAGACUCAAUAGAAGUUGGAGAGGAGCCUGAAGAAGUAAUCAAGGAAGCACAAGAACCUCUUCAUGUUGAUGAAAGCCUUGAGCCUCAGAAUCUGGAAACAAGGGGCAUUAUUGAAUCGGUCGUUACUGUAGAAGACGAUUUCAUUACCGUUGUCCAGACUAUUGAUGAAGGCAUUGAGUCUUGCCACAGUGUUCGGUUCUCUACACCAGCUGAGCCAGAGCAACUGCACGAGACUCCUGGAGAUAUGAAUGUUCAGCCAGAUGAGGAAGAGGAAGAGGAGGAAGAAGAAGAAGAUGAAGAAGAACAACAACAACAACAAUUACCCAUUAGAAGUCCCGAAGAAACCUCAGUGGUCCCUUCCACCCCAGAAAAGGAACAAGAGCAACUAACUGAAUGCAGGACAGAAACGUAUGAUGACUACAGAGAUGAGACUACCAUAGAUGAUUCCAUCUUGGAUACUGACAGUGCCUGGGUGGACACUCAAGAUGACGACAGGAGCAUCAUGACUGAAAAGAUCGAACCCAUUCCCAAAACGGAGAGCCCUGAAAUUAGGAGGCCCUCCGUGGAAAAGCACCCUAAGGACAAGGCAGUGAGUAGGGGGAAGGGCCGAGUGUCCACUCCUGAAAGGAAAGCAGCCAGGAAGGAGCCGAGUUCGGUCCCAAGGGAUGACACAAAGAAGAAAAAAGCAGUGUUUAAGAAGGCUGAACUUACUAAAAAAUCAGACACUCAGACCCGGUCUCCAUCUCGGAAAAUCAUUUUAAAACCAGCGGUCAGAUACCCUAGGCCAGCUCAGCACCACCCAUCGGCUAAGCGGAAACCGACAGCUGUGGCUCAUGUUGAAGGUCGGCAGCCCCUCAGUGUUGUACAGCAGCCCAAGGACAAGAUCACUAGUCUCUCCUCAACAUCACUAACAAAGAUUCCAAGCUCUAGAGUCUGUGCUGUGUCUCUGCUCCCUCCACGGCCCAGCUCAGCAUGUUCACUCACUAAACAGAGCGCUCUCCUUGACCAUGACCUUUACUCUGCUCGGCCAUCCUCAGCGGGGCCCAGGGACCGCCGCAUGCGUGAUGUUUUAUUGAAGGAUGGCACCACAAAGAGCCCAGAGAAACGGUCAUCUCUUCCAAGACCAUCCUCCAUUCUCACGACGCGACGUGGCCCACCAGCAGACCGCGAUGAGAGCUCCACUUCAAUGACCAGCUCAGGCUCCACUGCACCCAGACGUCCAACUUCAAUCCGGUCUGAAGGAAGGGCUGAGCAAAGGAUGAGUCGAACCCCUGGCAUGGCAGGGACAGAACACAUUCGCUCAAGGUCAGCGAGGAGUGGCACCUCGACACCAGUGACACCUGGCUCAACGGCAAUUACACCUGGCACUCCACCCAGCUAUUCUUGCCGUACCCCUGGAACUCCUGGCACACCAAGCUAUUCUCGUACCCCUCGCACACCAGGCACUCCUAAGUCUAUGAGUCUGGUGCCACAGGAGAAGAAGGUGGCUAUCAUUCGCACCCCACCAAAGUCACCAGCAACCCCACAGCAACUGCGUGUCAUCAAUCAGCCUCUGCCUGACCUAAAGAAUAUCAAAUCCAAGAUUGGCUCUAUAGACAACAUCAAAUACCAGCCAAAAGGAGGUCAGGUGCACAUUCAGACCAAGAAGAUUGACUUGAGUCAUGUGACAUCAAAGUGCGGCUCUCUGAGCAAUAUUCGCCAUAAACCAGGUGGAGGAAAUAUAAGAAUUGAAAGUGUGAAGCUUGACUUCAAAGACAAAGCUCAUGCAAAAGUGAGAUCUCUAGACAAUGCUCACCACACACCCGGAGGUGGACAUGUCCAGAUUGAGAGCCAUAAGCUUUCGUUCCGAGAAUCGGCCAAAGCUCGAGUUGAUCACGGAGCUGAGAUUGUCACCCAGUCCCCAGGAUUAUCGGGAGCCACUUCUCCUCACCGCCUCAGCAAUGUGUCAUCGUCAGGCAGCAUUAACCUACUGGAGUCCCCGCAGCUCGCCACCCUGGCAGAAGAUGUCACCGCCGCACUGGCCAAGCAGGGCUUGUGAGACUCGUGUGUCCAUCGCGCUCAUCCCUCUCUGUUCAGCUGUCCAGCGUCUCAUGAUUUCAAACAGCUCGAGUCAUUCCUUCAAGGCAUGGCAUGAAAGUUUCUGGGACCCUAACGGAAUUGGGAUAUUAUUUUUUUGGUAUUAGUACUCUAAUAUUAAAAGAGUAAAACAUUUAAAAAAAAAAAAAAA